AUGGACCACAGCGAGCCCAGCAAGGGCAGAAGACCGGCGCCUCAUGAAGCAAUGCGUUGCAAUGUCUGUGACGAACUGUUUGCUAGUUUUGACAAGCUGAUGGGCCACAAACGAAUGACCAUGAAGCUCGAGGGAACCCAUAUCCACUGUCCUGUCUGCACACUGGACUUCAACACGAUGGACGCCAAAGAUAAGCACAUUCUCGAGCAGAAGCUGGUCUGCCCAGGUUGUCAGAAGAGCUUCGUCCGGCUCGCCGCCUGGAUGAGGCAUUUAGAACACGACCAGUGUAGCGCCAUCGGACGACAGGACCUAGACAGAAACCGCGCCCAUAAGCUCACGUUUGCUCACGAGCUUGAGAAGCGCAGCGGUUCCCAGUUUGGAGACUACUUUCCCGCUUCGCACCCUAGCGUUCAGUCCGCCUUUGAUAAACCAUACAUGGCCCACCCGUCGUAUUUUAAACCAGACGACUUUCCCGCCCGGGGGAAACAACAAGACGAUAAGCUGGAAGCCCAGAAGAACGCCAGACCUGCAGUGGAAAAGUCAGCGGCUGCGGACGACAUCAACAACCCCUCUCAUCCAAGUUUCGACCCCAAGAAGUAUUACGACGCAAUCAUUCUCAAGUUCAAGUGUCCCCAGGCAUCCUGCAGGUCAGCUUGCCUUCAUAUCAUCCAUCAUGAGGAAAGAGUUGACAAAAAGCAAACAAAUAGGAAGAGCUUUGACACAAGCAGAGGCCUCGUCACCCACAUGAAGGCAGCAACCUCCCACUACAACGCAAAGUUGCAGUGUCCCGGAUGCCUCCGCUACUUCAGAGACACGUCUUCUCUUACCGCUCACUCUGAGUCAGAGACUAACCGCUGCUCGAUUCGCCAUUCCGAGAACUACCGUAACUACCUCGAUCAGCUAACUGGAGGCAUGGCGGACGUGGCCGACUGGCAUCGGGACGGCACUGUCAAGUACGAAGUGAGCACGGAAGCUGUCAUCAAGUUCGGCACCGAACAGGCAAAGAAGGCUACGAACGACUUCAUCGCGAAGCAGGAAGCCAAUCAACAAGAGUCAUGGGCGCGCAACAAUCCUAUUUGGUGA